AUGCUGCUCCCCCAGACAACGGGCUACCAGUUUCCUGCGCCUAUUCUCUCCGCCAUUGAUCAUCAGAAAGACACCGUGAUGGAUAAGACAGUUUACUCUGCUUUGGGGUCGCCUGAUCUCGUACUUUCUUUUCGAACACGCUUCGUAACUCACCUGUACCUGUGUGGUUCUCUCUCCAACAUUUCUGUAUUCGCGACCGCUCUGGAUGCCGUCCGCAGUGGCUUUUCUGUUACUUUGGUGGAGGACUGUUUGGGAUUCCGCGAUUUCCAGCGCCACCAAGAAGCAAUGCGACGAAUGGCGGACGUUCUUGGUGCGACUGGUAUCACCGCUCCAGAGCUCAUCCAAGAGCUAGACUGGGAUGAGACCGAGGCAAUUGCUCGCCAGGGCGCACCGCAAACAAAGAGGUCUGCAGCAGCAGCAGGUAUCGAGUCAGUCAUGGAUGGACUGGAAGUAUGGAAUGCUGCAGAUACCACCCCGAGGGAGGAACGGGAACCUCGCAAUGACUUUGGUUUAUCGAAAUUGGCUUCUAUGUCUCGCGCUCAUCGCAGCUCUGCCGCGCAGUCGCGGGAUCCAACGGAAGAGAAGAAGCAGGUGCGCGCACGUGUGCGACGCCCAAAGCGCCGAGAAGAACCUGAGCAAUCAUCUACAACCCAGGCGCCUGCCGAGAUCAGUAGGCCAGCCACACAACAGUCUGCACAACCUACUCAUACUGGCAUUGGGGAGGGUGACUCAAACAUUGUACAUGAUGUGCACCUCCCGAAUGAAUCAUUCGAGCGCAUCAAAACUGAGGUAGACUGGCAGAAAAUGUAUCACCUCUCCGGGCAAGUUCCACGUUUAGUUGCAGUGCAGGGUCAAAGACGGUCUGACGGCGCUAUACCGAUUUAUCGUCAUCCUGCAGAUGAGUCCCCUCCAUUCCAGCCAUUCACCUCCACUGUUGAUGAGGUGCGCGUUGCAGUUGAGAAAAUCCUGGGUCACCCAUUGAACCAUGUGCUCAUCCAACUCUACCGGGACGGCCAAGAUCGCAUCUCCGAGCACUCGGACAAGACACUGGACAUUGUACGAGGAUCUUUCAUCUGCAAUGUCAGCCUAGGUGCUGAGCGCGUCAUGGUUCUCCGCACAAAGACCUCGGCGUCUGAGACCGAGGAAGGAAAAGAAUCAGGUCGCACAUCGCAGCGCGUUCCCCUGCCUCACAAUUCGCUCUUCGUUUUAGGCCCGAAAACGAACAUGCGAUGGCUACACGGAAUCCGGGCCGACAAACGCCCAGAGACGACUAAGUCCGCAGAAGAGCAAGCAUACGGAGGUCAGCGUAUCUCUCUUACCUUCCGACACAUUGGCACUUUCAUCGACCCUGUAAAAAACACAAUUUGGGGUCAAGGAGCCACUAUCAAAACGUUAGAGCAAGCUCGAACCGUGAUCCACGGUGACACCACCGAAACCGAACGCCUUAUCAGUGCAUUUGGCCAGGAAAAUCGUGCCACUGAAUUUGACUGGGACGCUGUAUACGGCGGCGGCUUUGACGUGGUUAAUUUUGUGACCGCAUCACCUGCACGACUAAUUCUCAGCGGAGACCCCGUGGCCGAUAUGCGAGUGUGUAUUGCCCUCGGGGAGAACGGCCUUCGCUACGAAGUAAUAGGUUGCGAGCAGAGCCAGCCCGGUCAGUUAAGGCCAUUGUACCAAGAACCUAAUGGAACCACAGUCGCGGGCGACUGUGCUCUCCUCACAUAUCUAGCUCGGAGACCCAUCGAGUCCACCCGACCUGGCGUGGAGCCAAUACGGGGAGGUAACUUCAUGCCCGCGAUCGAUGGAUUCUUUCAGCGUUGGCGGGAACAUCUCGCUACGGCCCCGGCCAGCUCCUUUGAGUUUGGGUUCGAGGACUGGGAACGAAUUUUGCACGGACAGCAUUAUCUAGGAGGCAGUGCGUUCACCAUUGACGAUUGUUCGUUGUGGCCCGUUUUGCGGGAGAUACUGUCACACCUCCAAGGACCGUUUGAUCCAAGAUUUCCAAGCCUGAACCAGUAUGCUCAACGAGUCGCGAAUAGAGGAAUCGUUCGGUCUAUAUUGGGAGCGUGA